GAGUCACGAUUACACAAAAUCGAAGUGAAGAGGCGAAGAGCAUCGCCCCAACGGCCACCACAACCUUCAAUUCUCAUUGACGAAGCCACGAAGGGAUUUCAUUAAGAUCAUCAAAGAAACUGCUGCUACUUCUACAAUGCAAUUGGAGGAAAAGAUAGCAUCUGGGGACGAAUCAAACCCCUGCAUUAGCAAGUCCACUCGCCUUCCACGGAAGCGCUUUUACCGGGCUCGAGCUCAUAGCAACCCGUUAAGUGAUUCCCAUUUCCCAGUCCCAAUCUCCCCUCAUCAUGUAGAAUACUCCGUUCACUAUCCUCACUUCUUCCCAUCAUCUGAUUCUCCACCUGACUCCAAAAAGAUCGAAUUUGCCGAUGUCGGAUGUGGUUUCGGAGGCCUGCUAAUCAGUCUUGCAACACUUUUCCCUGAAACACUAAUGAUUGGAAUGGAACUUAGGGACAAGGUGACAGAAUACGUUAAAGAACGUAUUCUAGCUCUACGUGUUGCGAAUCCGGGUCAGUACCAAAACGUAUCCGUUGUUAGAACCAAUUCCAUGAAAUACAUCCCAAAUUAUUUCGAAAAAUCACAGCUUUCGAAGAUGUUUUUCUUGUUCCCCGAUCCUCACUUUAAAGAAAAGAACCACCGUCGGCGUGUUAUUAGCCCAUUUUUGCUAGACGAAUAUGCUUACGCUAUUAGAGCCGGUGGGAUUAUAUACACCAUCACCGAUGUGGAAGAGCUCGGAGACUGGAUGAAGUCUUGUUUGGAGAAUCAUCCGCUGUUUGCAGCGCUCACAGAAGAAGAACUCGAAGCCGAUCCAGUGGUGAAACUGUUGAGUUCUGCGACCGAGGAAGGACAGAAAGUGUCGAGAAACGGAGGGCAGACUUUUAAAGCGGUUUUCAGGCGUAUUGUCCCUUCCGUUUGAUGGCAACAAUCGAAGCUCUUUUCUUGAUUUUAGAUUGCAACUUAUGGUGACAAUCUGUUGGCAUUUCUAGAGAAAAAUACCAGGCUUUAGGUUUAUGUAAUACCAAAUGUCAUAUUUCUUUUUUCAGAUGGUUUGUGUUCUUAAAUUACUAUCUUACCCUUUAGACCCUAUCGUACAUGGGUUUGUUUAGUUUGGUUUUUAAUACGGUUCAUUUUGUUGCUUCAAA